CUUGCUCUUCUUCCCGCCAUUUUCUCUCACUUCCUCCAAUUCCUAAUUUUCACCUACAGAUCCAAAACCCAGAAGGUCAAGCAAGAAAUCCAGGAGAAAAUACCUAGAAGAAAAAAAAGAGAGAGAAAGAAAUGGGUAUCAAAGAUCUCCUCCGGUUCAUGAAGCCCUAUGUUGAACCGGUCCACAUUAAAAAAUACGCAGGCAAAAGGGUGGGAAUUGAUGCGUAUUGUUGGCUUCACAAAGGAGCGUAUUCAUGUAGUAUGGAGCUGUGUCUUAAUUUGGAGGGCGACAAGAAAUUGCAGUACUUGAAUUACUUCAUGCACCGAAUUAACCUGCUUCGACAUUAUAAGAUUACUCCUGUAGUUGUUUUUGAUGGUGGGAACUUACCCUGUAAGUCUGGAACUGAAGAGGAAAGGCACAGGAGAAGAAAAACAAAUAGAGAUCAGGCGAUGUUGAAGCUAAAGGAAGGAAAUGUUGCUGGUGCCGUUGAGCUCUUUCAGAGGGCAGUGAGUGUCACUCCAUCAAUGGCGCAUCAACUCAUUCAGAUUCUGAAGUCAGAGAACAUAGAAUUUGUUGUAGCACCAUAUGAAGCUGAUGCACAAUUAGCCUACUUGUCUAGCCUAGAAGAAGAAAAGAGUGGAAUUGUGGCAGUAAUUUCUGAGGAUAGCGACUUACUAGCAUAUGGCUGUCCCGCUGUUUUCUUUAAGAUGGAUUCCUUUGGCAAUGGUCAAGAAGUGGUACUAGACCAAGUUUUCAGUUCUGCUACUCAUGUUCCUUCCUUCAGACAUUUGAAUAAAGAUUUAUUUACAGGCAUGUGUGUCCUAGCUGGCUGUGAUUUUCUUCCGUCUGUCCCUGGCAUAGGAAUUACAAAAGCUUAUAAUCUGGUCUCCAAGUAUCGUGACUUAGAUCGAGUUCUUUCCAUGUUAAAGUUUGAGAAGGGAGAUCAAGUCCCUGAAGAUUACACAAAAUCAUUUAAAGAAGCUGUUGCAGUUUUCCACCAUGCUAGAAUAUAUGAUGUUAGUUUGAAGCAGACCAAGCACUUGAAACCUGUCCCAGAACAGCUGUUGCAGUUUCUCGACGAAGAACUUGACUUCUUAGGACCAGAAAUUCUUCCAUCAUUGGCAACUGCAAUUGCUCAAGGUAGCAUAGAUCCUUGUACAAUGGAGGCCUUCGAUCUCUUUCCAAAUAUGGUAAAUCAUGUGUCUACUGCAAACAUCAAGAGAAUUUGUGGUCCUUUCUCUCGACAACAGGCAUCUGCUCAAGCUUCAAAAGACAGCAGUUUUAUUGCUAUUUCUUCAAGUAAAACCAGAAAAGAAACAACAGUGGUGGAGACGAAGCAAGCCUCGGAUGAACAGAAUCAGUGUCCAUUUAUGGACGACAGGGAGUGCAUAGAGGAAGCAGUAGCUCUUCAAAACUUGCUAUGCCCUUCAAUAUCAACUAGGAAAGCGGUCGGAAAAGAGAAAAAGAGUCAGCAGAAAGAAGUGCUGAAAGUCCCAGAUAAUAAUCCUUUUAGGAAAAGAAAAGUGGAGGAAAUUGAGCCAGAUGAAUUGGAAAGUGUUACUGAACAAAUCUCAGAAGUGACUGAGGUUGAAAGCCUGGAAGUUGUAUGUACUACUCCAGAAUCACAAAAAAGUGUGGAAUCUAAGCCGAUUAAAAGAAUUGAAUUAAGAAGAGUUACCAACGAAAGGAAGGUUAAAAGGAGUAAUUGUCAAAGUUCAGAAAACAAGAAAAACUCUAUACUGAAUUUCUUUUCUCGAGUGUAAUUUAUUGAAUUUGUUUCAGCCUUGAUUAAUUUACUUUGAUCAGUCACUUUUCUUUUUUAAUC